AUCCCUAGAUUUCCAAACUCUUCUGCCCGCGACUUGAAUAGCAAAUACAUCAAAACUACAAAUAAUUAAUAACAUAUGAUUAGUAUUGAAUAUUGUACUGGAACAUACUGCCAUGUCGAGUGCGCCAAAGUCGACGCCAAGCGCUGCUAGCGGGAGCUCCACGUCCGCAGCCGCCGCCGCUGCUGCUUCAGUCGCCUCCGGAUCCGCCUCCUCCUCCGCCAACGUGCAGGAGUUUAAAAUUCGGGUGCCCAAGAUGCCCAAGAAGCACCAUGUGAUGCGAUUCAACGCCACGCUGAACGUGGAUUUCGCCCAGUGGCGAAAUGUGAAACUGGAACGAGAAAACAAUAUGAAGGAGUUCCGCGGAAUUGAGGAGGACCAGCCCAAGUUCGGUGCUGGCUCUGAGUACAAUCGUGAUCAGCGCGAGGAGGCGCGCCGAAAAAAGUUCGGUAUCAUAGCCAGGAAGUACCGGCCAGAGGCUCAGCCUUGGAUCCUGAAGGUGGGCGGCAAGACCGGGAAGAAGUUCAAGGGCAUUCGCGAGGGCGGCGUGGGCGAGAACGCUGCGUUCUAUGUGUUCACUCAUGCACCUGAUGGCGCCAUCGAGGCUUAUCCCCUGACAGAGUGGUACAACUUCCAACCUAUUCAGCGCUACAAAUCGCUGUCGGCGGAGGAGGCCGAACAGGAAUUCGGUCGUCGCAAAAAGGUGAUGAACUACUUCUCCCUUAUGUUGCGGAAGCGUCUGCGCGGCGACGAGGAGGAGGAACAGGAUCCGGAGGAGGCCAAACUUAUAAAGGCAGCCACUAAAAAGUCCAAAGAGCUCAAGAUUACUGACAUGGACGAAUGGAUUGAUUCCGAGGAUGAGUCCGACUCGGAGGACGAAGAGGAUAAGAAGAAGAAGGAGCAGGAGGACAGCGAUGAUGGCAAGGCCAAGGGCAAAGGCAAAAAGGGAGCAGACAAGAAAAAGAAGAAGCGGGAUGUGGAUGACGAAGCCUUCGAGGAGUCGGACGAUGGAGACGAGGAGGGCAGGGAAAUGGACUACGACACGAGCUCCAGUGAAGACGAACCAGAUCCGGAGGCAAAGGUGGACAAGGACAUGAAAGGUGUCGCCGAGGAGGACGCACUGCGGAAGCUGCUCACCUCAGACGAAGAGGAGGAGGACGAGAAGAAGUCUGAUGAGUCGGACAAGGAGGACGCGGACGGAGAGAAGAAAAAGAAGGAGAAGGGCAAAGACGAGGGCUCCAAGGACAAAAAGAAGAAGAAACCCUCCAAAGACGACAAAAAGGGCAAGUCCAAUGGCAGCGGCGACUCGUCCACAGACUUUAGUUCUGACAGCACGGACUCCGAGGACGACCUCAGCAAUGGGCCGCCCAAAAAGAAGGCCAUCUCCAAGGACAAGGAAAAGGAGAUCGCUGCCAGCAGCAAGGCCUCGACCAGCAGCAGCAGCAAUGCCAAUAAGUCGCGCUCGGCCACUCCCACUCUCUCGACGGACGCCAGCAAGCGCAAGAUGAAUAGCCUGCCCAGCGAUCUCACUGGUUCAGACACCAGCAACAGUCCCACCAGUACGCCCGCGAAAAGGCCCAAAAGCGAGAUCAGCACCUCGCUGCCCACCUCUUUUUCUGGCGGCAAAGUCGAGGACUAUGGCAUCACCGAGGAGGCAGUUCGUCGCUACCUGAAACGCAAACCCCUUACAGCAACCGAGCUACUCACAAAGUUCAAGAACAAGAAGACGCCCGUCUCGAGCGACCGUCUGGUCGAGACCAUGACGAAAAUCCUCAAGAAGAUAAAUCCUGUCAAGCACACCAUUCAGGGGAAAAUGUAUCUCUGGAUCAAAUAGCCUGCAGUCAUGUGAUUUUAAGAUUUUAUUUAAUCCAAAUGCAUUAUUGUUCCACUUAAUAUAUUAACGCAAAUUCAUGAAA